CUGCUCCUGCUUGUGUUGUGUUGUAAUCUGUAUUUCUUUUUAUUUUCAUAAAAUUAAUAUUAUUUGUUGUAAUUACAUAUUGUUACAGUGAAAAUAUACUAAUUUUUGUCUAUCAUAGUGUCCAGUUAUUUGCAAAUACUUUUAUUUUGUUUAAAUAAUCGUCUCUGAUAAAAAGUCAACGCUUAGUUAUUCAAAACCUGUACGUUGUAAUAAUGAGGAUUUUAUAACGUUUUACAUAUAUAGUUUUUUAAAUGUAGUAUUGCCAAUUUUUAUGUUGAGCAGAUGAGUGUGAUCUUUAACGUGCAUGGAAUGUGAGGAAAAUGGCAAGAAGUGUUGUUCACCGGCGAGGGUUGCGAGUGGGGUCAAGCGAAAGCGACGAGCUGAUGAUGCGGGGAACCUGCGUCUGCCUGUCCCCGAUACAGUGCCUGGGCCGCCUGCUGCAAGACCAAUGCACAACAAUCUGUUCCAAUUUCCUGGAGUGGAGUCAACCGAAGCCUGUUUCAAACCAUCCUCAAGCAAUCCCUUUAUGAACAAUAUGGAUGAAAUCUCAUACUGGGUGUUUACUAAACGUGCGCCUUGCCUCUACGAUUAUGACAGACUCAUAAAGAAGCAGAAUGAAGAGGCACAAAAUUCCAGACAGAUAAGAAGCUACACUUUUCCUACUGAAAAUGAAGUACCUUCGCCGAAAAGGAAAAAGAAAAACAAUAAGUUGCUGGAUGAAGAGUCUGAUCUGUCUGGAAAGCGACAAAAUAUUUACUUUGAAAUGCCCCAACCACCUAUUUCUAAAGCUGUAGUCAAUAACUGUAAAUCUGUAUCACCUGGUUCUGAUACAGAUUUCAAAAUUAAAAUAACUACCAAACCGAAAGAAAAGAAGCCAAAAUUACAGAAAAACACUAAAACAAAUGUAAAUAAAAGAAAUAAAAUGGUCACUUCAACACCUAAGGUGGAACAUCAAAAUUUGAGAAGAAGCUCUAGGUUGAACAAGCAAAAUAUUAACAAUAAUGGACAGUUUGACAACUCUUUGGAAAUUUUAAACGAGACAGUUGUUAAUGGACUUCAGAAGGAACUAUCUUUGAUUGAAAACAAGGAAGAUGUAUUAAAUAGACACGAAGAUGAUACAGAGAGUAAGACUAAGAAUCAGUUUUUAAAAAAGGUUGCAAAAAAUGACAGAACUCACAAUGGUGACUAUGAAGAUUACAGUGAUGUGUCAGGCUUCACUGCAAACUAUAUUCGCUCUACUAAAUUGCAAUCAAAGACACCCAGGAAAGUCAGAAGAAAGACUGGUAGAAACUUGAUGCAGGCAUCCCGCCAAAAUGUUGAUCCUGAGAGUAGCAAAAUAAUUAUGUGCGUCAACAAGGCAGUGAAUGUGGGAGCACCCAAUUCUGGAAUCUUAAACCAUAGUACAGAUUCUUCUCAAAAUGUAAUUAAUCUAGUGACAGUGGCCACUGAAGAUAAAUCUAACAAAGUAAAUCAAAGCACAUCAUUACUCAAAUUUGUUGACUCACAUUGUGAUAAAACUGCAAAUGUUAAAAAGAAUUCGGGAAAAUUUAUCAACGAUUCAUUCCAAUCGGGCAGCAGUGCUGCCUCUCGAUAUCCAAAGAGGAUGAAUUCUCAAAAUCGCAACUACACUAAACAGGAGAAACAAAAUGACAGGAAGGAAAACUCACAUGAAAAGUUUGUAUAUAGAACUAGGAGUCGCAAGAGGCUCAUCGAUGACUCGUGUGAGCAAGGUAACUCUAAUGAGGAUAGCUCUAAUGCUGUGAUUAAUGUUGCAAGCCCGGAGCAAAGUAAAAUGAAAUCUGUGCAGUGCAUCGAACAGAACGGACAAUUGACUGAAUUGAUAAGUGAAACCCGGCAAGUUAAGAAGAAUGAUUUGAUAUCUGACGUGCCUAAGUGUUUGGGACGUGUUAAAACUUCAUUGGAUAGAACAAAGCAGUCGUCAAAAAAAGACUCGUUUCGAGACAAGAGCGGAUUCGCCACUUGCUUCUCAGACAGUGAUAGUGAUGGUGAACCUUUGAAACCACGGAAAUUUUUCGGUUAAAUUACUGUCAACUAUAAUAUGCUGUAUGUAAAUUUUUGCUUCAAGAAAUUGUAAUGUAUUAGAUCAUUAGCCGGCCACUUGCCACUUUUAAUAUACCAAGCAUUAUAUGAGCAUGGCAGAAGGAUUUGUUCAGUGCCUAUAUCCGAGCAUGUUAUAUUAAUAUUUAUAAUUUUAUAGAUUAGUGAUACUCUAGAUUAUGUGUACACUCAAAUACGUAAGGAGUGAGUUAUACUUAUGUAUGCGCUAAAUAAAAUUUUAUACAACACAAUAUGAAACAUUUUAAUGUCAUAGGAACUUAAAUGCAUCACAUUUUAUAUA